AUGAAGGUUGGCACCUCAGCUACGCAUGGUGGCACACCUUGGCGUGUUGAAGAAGACACCCAGAUUGAAGAUGGAGUCCGUAUCGGUCUUGAGUUUCAUCAGAUCUGCGCCCUGUUCCCUUCUCGUUCUUCUGAAGCAGUGCGACACCGCAUCUCCCGGGCCCGCCGAAAUAUCCAAGCAGGGAAUCCCGUCGUUCCCAAGACGGCAAUUCAAAACUUGAAGGGUGGCCGUCCGUGGACAACGGAAGAAGAUGAGACGCUUGAUAAAGCAAUCAUCAACAGCGCUGACCUCUCACAAAUCCGUACACUGUUUCCUGGACGCUCCGCCGAUUCUGUGCGGCACCGUUAUAAUCGCAACCUCAAAGAGCUGAACUCCCAGGAUGCAGACCUACUUAGGGAGGAUGCUCAGACAACGGGCUCGCCACUUAUAGCAGAGCAAAAGGCUGAUGGUUCGAGCAAGGCUGCUGCCCUCUGGUCCCCAGAGGAUGACCAGAAAGUCGAAGAUGCUGUGUCUGCAAACUUCGACGACCAUGUCGUCCUGUCACAUGAAGCUAUGUUCCAAUCUCCGUUAGCACAUUCCAUGCAAAAUAACACACCGUCACGUCCGAAACAGGACCACGAAAAGGAGCUCAAGUCAGUGAGCUUCGCGGACGAACUUCAAGUUCGGCGGAUCUCUCGAACGCCAGGGUCUAUCCCUUUGGUGAAAUCCUUCCAAGCGCAAGCCUUUCAAGGUUCGGUGCGCCCAUCUACUCCACCAAGACCUGUUGUCGAGCCACUGACGCCGCCUUUCCGUGCACAAGAGCUUCCAGCGAUUGACGGACAAGAGUAUGCCUUCGGGAUGGCCCCAUAUCAGCCAUACCCUGAGGAAUCUCACAUUCUGCAGGAAGACUCUUCGAACGAGGCCCAGAUCGUUGAUAUGUUCUUGCCGAAUACCCGCGCUUUCUUGCGGGGUGUGCCAGAGAACCAAUCUCCUGGUGAUGCUAGCCAAGAGCGAAAUCACCCUUUCCUACCACACGGCAGCAUCGACAACAUCCCUCUUACCGCUCUUGCCAAUCCCUCGGAGCCAUUCAUGUCUUUCCCUACGGACAAUGGAUAUGGUCAAUACACCUCUUCUGUCGACAAUCAUCCAGACCUUCGCAACGGCUUCGACUGGGCUCCUACGUCGCAUCGCCUUGUCACACCCCCAACCUUGGUGACUUCGGAGCAGCUUUUCACGGACCCCUCGACCCCUCCAUCCUACUUCAUGGAUAUGGACGAUACGCCGUUCAUCUCGGAUGAUCAAUUGAUGGAUGCGUUCUGGGACUUUCAACCUGAAUUGGACGAAGACAUGCUAGAUGAGCAAGUGCCUGUCACUAGGUCAGAUCUUUCGUUUGGCCCUUAG